UAAUACAAGGGUGCUUGUUAUAUGUGGUUGAAUCAUUAAAAAAAAACUGAUAUGACUAAUUUGUUUUAUUAAUAUUUAUUUACAACGACCUAACGAGUGAGAGACUUACGUGGUCUCGGUAUUUUCAUACAGUCAUACGCCGUCAUUCGUUGUAAACAAUACGCGUUAUUUAAACGUAGCGGGAACACACUAGCGUGCAAAAAAAAUUUUUUUUUCUCUACUAUGUAUAAGUUGUUGAGGUAUUCCCCUGUACAGGCUGAAGCUCGGGUGAUGGGUCGACGUUUUGUGCUAACUCUGGUGAUUGGGAUAUCGGCAGGAUUUAGUUUUGCAUACAUACUAUUAACAUCGACAGGAUAUCCUCGUGACGUCGUGUGGUCAUCCUACAGAGAGUCAGCGAGAGAUAUUGAAAAACAUCCUAUAUCAGCCGUAAUAGGGCAUGGUAGCGAUGAGCCAGCGCACAGGCAUGAAGAUAGAUCAGUCGCCGAUGAAUUAUCUAAGAAGGUCAGGGUGCUGUGCUGGGUGAUGACUCAACCGAAUAACCACAGAAGGAGAGCCGAUCACGUGAAAGCGACGUGGGGAAAGAGAUGCAACAAGAUAUUGUUUAUGAGUUCGGAGGAAGAUGCUUCAUUACCGACGGUGAAAUUGCCAGUACGCGAGGGUCGGGACCAUCUGUGGGCGAAGACCAAGGAGGCGUUCCGUUACGUGUACGAGCGUCACAGGAGAGACGCCGACUGGUUCCUGAAGGCCGACGAUGACACAUAUGUAGUGGUGGAGAACCUCAGAUACAUGCUGGCAGAUUACAAUCCCAAAGAUGAUAUAUACUUCGGUUGCCGUUUUAAACCGUUCACUAAACAGGGUUACAUGAGCGGUGGGGCGGGGUACGUGUUGAGUCGGUCUGCUCUGGAUAUGUUCGUGAAUAAAGCCCUGCCGUCACCACAUCUUUGUAAAGCCAGCGACGAGGGAGCGGAAGAUGCUGAAAUCGGUAUCUGUUUGGAUAAAAUUGGCGUAAAGGCGAUGGAUUCCCGCGACUCGUUGCAUAGAGGUCGCUUCUUCCCAUUUGUGCCACAGGACCAUUUGUUCCCUAACAAGGAUAGAAGCUACUGGUAUUGGAAAUAUAUCUACUACCCCACAGAUGAGGGAUUAGACUGCUGUUCGGAUCACGCUAUCUCAUUUCACUACGUGGAUCCAAAACUCAUGUACGUUUUAGAUUAUCUAAUAUAUCAUCUUCGGCCGUACGGGAUCAAGUUCGGCGAAGAUGAUUUACCUAAGAUAUUAAGGGCGAAUGACACCAAAGAAUUGGAGCUAACAUCAAACCCGUCUUUACCCAUGGUGCAGGGUGCAACGCACCCGGGCGCCGCACCGAUGAUCUGCGGAGAAUUUCCUGUAAGGGGGUGGGGGGGUGAGGGGUAUGGUAAAGUGUCGAUAGAUAAUGAUCUAUCUAUCAUCUUCGUUCUGGGUCAAUCUCGACUGCAGAUGGAGGAGACGAUAGAACUUUUUAGUUAUCAUAAAAUAGAAACUGUAGAAGCUCCGCCGAACAGUAACCAUGAGUUAAACGGAAAGGCAUCUGGUCAUAAAUAUGAAAACAGCAGUGUGGCAGACGAGUUAUACAGGAGAGUGCGAGUACUGUGUUGGGUGAUGACUCAGCCCAAGAAUCACAAAUCGAAAGCUGCUUACGUCAAAGCAACCUGGGGGAAAAGAUGUAACGUCUUGUUGUUCAUGAGCUCCAUGGAAGACGCAAGUUUGCCAACGGUCGAGUUGCCAGUGGAGGAGGGACGUGAUAAAUUGUGGGCUAAGACGAAAGAGGCGUUCCGUUACGUGUACGAGCAUCAUAAGAGAGACGCCGACUGGUUCCUUAAGGCCGACGAUGACACAUAUGUUAUUGUAGAAAAUCUCAGGUACAUGCUGGCAGGUUAUAAUCCGUUGGACCCAUUGUACUUUGGUUGCCGUUUCAAGAAAUUUUUAAAGCAGGGUUUUAUGAGCGGCGGUGCCGGUUACGUAAUAAGUAAGGAAGCGUUGUCAAGGUUUGCGCAGAUUGGUCUGUCGUCACCAAAACUAUGUUCAGCGGAUGAUGGAGGGGCUGAAGAUUUGCAAAUGGGCGAAUGUCUUGAGAACCUUAAUGUAAAAGCAAUGGACACUAGAGAUGACUCGGAGCGCGGUCGCUUCUUCCCUUUUGUGCCUGAACACCACAUAUUCCCUGCCGCUGACCGCAAGUUUUGGUAUUGGGAAUAUACCUAUUAUAAAUUUAAUAAGGGCUUGAACUGCUGUUCCGACUUCGCCAUCACGUUCCACUAUGUGGCUCCACAAGAGAUGUACGUCAUGGAAUAUUUGAUAUACCAUCUACGACCGUACGGAAUUGUAUACGGCCAAGGAGACGUUGUACCGAAGACGCCAUUAGCGAUCGCAUGCUGCGUGUAUAUCCCUGUCAUAUUGACUCCACAAUUAUGGCGCCUGCAACAGCGCCACGAUCGGGAACUCGAUAAAAACAGUGAGUCUUCGAAAUAUCUUGUAAGAAAUAUGAUCAAUUCAGACGUGAGAGGGCAUAGUAGCGACGAGCCAGUGCACAUGCGCGAGGAUAGAACGGUCGCUGAUGAAUUAUUUAUGAAGGUCAGGGUGCUCUGCUGGGUGAUGACUCAACCGGAUGAGCACAGAAUGAGGGCCGAUCACGUGAAGGCGACGUGGGGAAAGAGAUGCAACAAGAUAUUGUUUAUGAGCUCUGAGGAAGAUCCCGCACUGCCGACGGUGAAAUUGCCAGUACGCGAGGGCCGGGGGUAUUUAUGGGGGAAGACCAAGGAGGCGUUCCGUUACGUGUACGACCAUCACAGGAUAGACGCCGACUGGUUCCUCAAGGCCGACGAUGACACAUAUGUAGUGGUGGAGAACCUCAGAUACAUGCUGGCAAAUUACAAUCCCGAAGAUGGUAUAUACUUCGGUUGCCGAUUUAAACCGUUCACUGAUCAGGGUUACAUGAGCGGUGGGGCUGGGUACGUGUUGAGUCGGUCUGCUUUGGAUAUGUUCGUGAACAAAGGACUCACUUCACCGCAUCUCUGUAAAGCGAGCGACGAGGGAGAAGAAGAUGCUGAAAUUGGCAUCUGCUUGGACAAUAUCGGCGUCAAAGCGAUGGAUUCACGGGACUCGCUUCAUAGAGGUCGCUUCUUUCCGUUCAUGACGCAGGAUCACUUGUUCCCAAGCAAGAACAAAAGCGACUGGUAUUGGCAAUAUAUCUACUACCCCCAAAAUGAGGGAAUAGACUGCUGUUCGGAUUACGCUAUUUCAUUUCACUACGUAGCUCCGAAACUCAUGUACGUUUUAGAUUAUCUAAUAUAUCAUCUGCGCCCGUACGGGAUCAAGUUCGGUGACGGCGAUACUCCCAAUAUACUGAAGACGAACGAACUUGAGAAGAGUCGAUUUUUGAGGCCCAAUGAAAUAGAAGAUCUCGACGAGGACAUAGAAGACGAAGAUUAA